AUAGUUUUACGAGAGUUGUCGGUCAUGAUUGGGGCAGGAAUAUUAUUUCUAGGACAUAUGAAUAACUAUUAUUGAUAGUCUUACUGUGCAACUUAAUUAGCAGUGACUUGUCGUUUUCUACAUCAGCACAAUAUAUAUAUCUACUGCCAUCAAAAUCCUAGUGGGUGGCGACAAGAAUGGAGUCGACGGUUGCAUGGUCGCUGUCGGCGGAGUGGCGGUCGUUGGCUUUCACGGCAAUGAUCACAGUGGUGACGUCAGUCUGGUGUUACGUGGGGCGCACCUGGUCCUUCCCCAGCCUGGCGCUGGCCAUGUACCUGCCCGGCUUUCUCUCUUUUUUCUUCACGCCAGAGACCUUCCUCAACUACCUGGCACAGGUGCUCGGGGUCGGCAGGUUUCAGGAGGCCGUGGCGUGGUCAGCUGUAGGGGCCGCCCUAGCUGUGGUCAUAGUAGGGAGUUGUCUCGCCAUGGACCUUCUGCUGGGCUGGGCUCACAUGACUCCCCCAGAUAUCCACAACAAACAACAGCAAGGUAGAACGUCGUGGACAGCAGUUGCUGACUUUCUGGCUGCAGGCGGGGAGGAGCUGGGAUGGAGGUGCUUUCUGCUGCCGACCCUCAUCAGCGUCUACUCUCCCCUCAAAGCACUCACGCUCUGCGGGAUGGCGUGGGGCUUGUUCCACGUACCGGUGAUGGUGCUCCUGACUCGUCGUCUGAAGACCCCGCGACCGCUGCUGACCAUCACGGUACAGGCCAUCGCCGUCCUGCUGGCGGCCUUUCCCCAUGGAUUUGUCGCCAUCAUGUCCGGGUAUUCCGUGUGGUCCUCAACAACGAUGCACUUUGUGUGGAACACCAUCAAUCCCAGGCUGCUGGGGAGCAUCUACAUGCAGACCCCGGGUCAAGUCACGGGACCGCAAUGGCUCAUCAACGGCGAGGGCUUGAUGGGCUGCCUCGUGCAGGGUGUGACCAUCCUUUGCUGGCUGCUGUGCUUCGGGCUUUAGGUACCUGCUUACAUCGGGGUACGCAGCCACAUUUGAGAGACGUCUGAGGGAUUUUUAACCAGUACAUCCGUCAACAGCUGUUCAGUUUUACAGAUGCUCUUGUAAGAGAGAGAACACUGUGCGUUCGAUUUUUUUCUUAACUGUCAUCAAACAGCUGGCAAACCUGUCGUGGAAACCACACCUGUGAACAGGUCUGCCACCAGUCAGCUGCCUGCCCUGACCAGUGUGCGAGACCGAUCAUCUUUCAUCAGCCUGUCGAUGCACACUCUGUAUUACAUGCAGCUGUGCAGGUCGAAAUGCUGGCAGAAAGCAGUCAGUUGUGGAGUCAAUGUUGUGUGGACUUGUACACUAACCAGAACAGUAGUAUUAAACUUCAGCUGAACAUUCACCUAAAAAUAUUAUUGGGAACAACAGACUGCAGCAAAACGAUGCACCUUUCACGAUAAACAUUUCUCCAGAUAUUUUAAUAAAGGUUGUCUGAUUGUG